CAACUUCUCAGUGGCUGUGUACACUCUAAAUAUUCGGCUUUGCUUUCAACGUCGUCGUCCGCAACCUGCUUGUUUUUUAUCUUCUGAAUUGUGGUUCAUAAUGCAGCCUAUGCCGAAUCGUAUGGGACUCGGUCUGCGUCCGCCUUUUCCGUCGUUCGGCCAGGGUCCCUCAAUAUCUGCUCUUGCCGCACAGCAGCAGGCCAUGCACUUUGUGCCACCGCAGGCGCAGAAACAGACCAAACUCUUUGUUGGCUCCAUAUCAGGUGGCGUCACGGAUUCCUUCAUCAAUGAACUCCUCUCGGCAUGCGGCAAGGUCACUUCGUUUAAGCGUCUCAUAACGCCUGCCAACAAACCCCAAGGUUUUGGUUUUGCAGAAUAUGAUGAACCUGACAGCGCUCUCCGAGCGAUCAGCCUGCUCAAUGGUGUUGAAUUGCCCGCGUUGGAGGAUGGUUGCGCCAACAAAAACUUGCUGAUCAAAGCAGACGAAAAAACGAAAGCCUUUUUGGACGCUUAUAAUUCACAACGGAUGUUAACUAAUGCCGAUGAAGAAAGAAAUAAGCAAGCUAAAGCAAGAAUUGACGAACUCGUGCAAAGAAUCAACAAGGAAUCCCAGGAUGCAGCCGAAAGUGGCCUACUAGAUAAAGAAAAAUAUGUUAUCCCGCCUCACCUACAUGAUUUGCAAGAAGCCGACCUUCCGGAAACUCAGCGCGGUCUCGUCAUCUCUGAGAUUGCUCAGUUCCGAGAGAGGGCCGCGAAGAGAGAAAGAGAAAAGAUGAAAGAUGGGCCACCAUUCCCCCAAGGAGGUGCACCAAGUGGUCCCAAGGCUCGAGAAUGGGGCAAGCCUCCACCACAACAACAAUCACCGACAGUAGCUUCCUCGCGUGGAAAGCCUUCUAUGAGUGGGUUUGUAAAAGAAGAACGAGGGGCAGCGGAUGAUGGCCGACGAACUUCUCGUACCACGAAGACCGAUGAAGAGCUUGAGCAGGAGAGGAAAGAAACCAGGAAACGCGACGAGGAAAUUUCUUUCAGAGACCGAGAAAGGCGAUACGAACCCAGAGAACGAGUGCGAAUAGCAACUUUGGAAAGAGCAAUCGCACGAGAACGGGCUACAAAAGAAGCUGAGGAUAGAGAUCGUGUAGAGAUGCGGGAACGCUUGGAUCUCUGGGACGACGACGAGAGCGAUGAGCUGUUUUAUUUGGAUAGAUCACGAUGGCGCCAACUACGAGCUCGACGACUAGAAGCCGAAGAAGCCGCUGACAUAAAAUCUCGGAGAUUCGAAGAGCAGGAAGCUGAAAAUUUGCGUCGCGAGUCAGAGGACUUUUUAGCACGACAAAUGGACGAGAUGCAGGCGUUGGCGGAAGAGCAACGAAAGGCUGGUUUGCUUUUGGACGAUGGCGGCUUGGUAAAACUCAAUGUCUCUCUGGCGCCUGCUCCUGCAAAAGAAGGCGGAAAGGAGAAGGCAACGACAGUGUUCGCAGAGGAGGAGGAUGAAGAGGAGGAGAUUAAGAAGAGGAAGGUGCCGUUAGUCAAGUUGGACUUCAGCGUGGCAGAGAGUAGCGAGAAGAUGAAAGAAAGAUUGGAACGCAUCAAGGAAUCUGUUCCUCAUGAUACGGAGUCAUUAUUCAAGGCAAAAGUUCGUUGGGAUGGGCUUUCCGAUAUCAUCAUUGAUCGCAAAUUUGAGCCUCUUGUCAAACGUCUCAUGGUCAAGUAUCUAGGCGAAAUGGAGGAAGAGGAUUUGAUCAUGUUCGUGUUAGAACAUUUGAAAGAUCAUAAAGGUCCCCAGAAGCUUGUUGAGGGACUUGAGCCGGUCCUUGAAGAGGAAGCUGCAGAGCUGACCAAGAGCGUCUGGCGGCAGAUUAUUUUUGAGAGUAUGGCAUACGGUGAAGGGCUUCUUACCGAAAAAAUGCUUGUUGACUAGCAUGAAUGGUAUGGAUUUGUGUCGCGUCGCGUCGUAGGACAGGUGCGUUUCGUAGUCUCAAUACAUAUUCUGGCUGAAGUGCACGCUCGUCACUUCUCGCUACACGCUACUUGGGCCCAUUGGUGCCUUACGGUUGAGAUGGUGGUUUAGGAAACUGCGAUGAGGUUGGGGACUUGCCGUGAGUCAUGACCUUAAUCAACUGAUCGAGACUGGCACCUCACAUAUUUACUGUCUGUACUUGUGAUGGAUUUCCUGUACCACAUGAGCUUUUUAAACAUUUUCCCCGCACUUUUCUGUCCCCGGUCCAUCUUUCUAUGGCGAUCUGAGUUUGAGUUCAUUGCGCGGCACAUUCACAGUUGAGC